ACCUCCCACACCCGCUCGGUCUCGCGAGCCACCCGCUCGGUCUCUCGUGCUCGCUUCUGCACGACUGUUGCGACUCCAACGAGCGCGGACAUGGCAGACGACGCCGGCCUCGCGGCCCGCCUCAAGGCGCUGCGCGAGCGCCAUGCCGCUGCGCCAGCCGCUCGCGCCCCGCCCAGCCCACGCGCCGUCGUGGCAUCCGUCUCGACUCCUCCAGCAGCUGCGGCACCGAGCCCAGCACCUGUUCUUCCUAGCGCUGCGUCGUCGCUCGCGCGCGAGGCACUUCAUGCGCAGCUCGCACUGCCCGACGCCACUGCUCAGAGCACCGAGCCCGACGACGCCGACAUUGCCGCCCUGCUCGAGCAGACACGCGACGAGCUGCGUCUCUCUCAGGACGACGAUGCGGCAUUGUCAGACGAUGCUGAGCUCGAUGGGCUCUCCGACGAGCUGAACGAUCAGACAUCGGGCGCUGCGCUUGAUGUCGCAGCCGAAGCGCGUGCUCUUGGCGCCGAGAGCGCACAGCUGCAGAGCGAUGCCACGCAGCUCUUGAAGGAGGAGCACGCUGCUGGCCAUCUGGGCCACAGCCAGGACGGAGCGGCACAGGACACGGGCGCUGCAUCGCGUGCCAGCUCUUCCACAGCACCACAGCUCGAGCGUCUGCCGCGCUCCGGCCCAGAGCUGGUCCGCGGCGACUCUGGGACGUCCGCGAGUGCUGCGCUAGACGCGGAGGCCGAGGCGGCGCUGGAAGACGAGCUGGCUGCUGCGAUGGGUGACAUGCAAGUUGAGGCGAAUAGGCUCAAUAGGACAGGAGGCAGUGUAGAGGGCCGGGGCAGCUCGCCUCAGCCAGCUACGCCAGCCACGGCACCGCCCAGCGGCUCAGGCAUGACGCCCUCUGCCACAUCAUCGGCCAGUGCAGAACCCAGCGCUGCUUCGCUACUCGAGCGCUUCUCGCGCCUUCGCAGCAACAUCACGGCACCGAUGCGGACGACUGCUGGCCCUUCUACUCCGGCACCUGCUGCGUCCGCUGCGCUCAGUCUGCCAUCGCCGCCAGCGAUGCUGCCGGACCCGGACAUGCCCUCGUUGCCCGCCGCGCCCAGCUUGGCACCACCAGACGCCACCGCCGACGACAUUCACAAGCGUCAUGGCAUCGAGCCGGGCCGCAAUCUCGGCGCCUUCGAGCAGCUCGUUCGUCUCGACGCGAAAGCUCUCGCUGAGCCGGGCACCGCUGCUGCUUUGAGCUCGCGGCCCAAGGCCUUGCCGGAUGAGAGCGACUCGGACGAGGACGAUGAGAUCGACAGCUGGUGCUGCAUCUGCAACGCCGACGCCUCACUGCAGUGCGCCGGCUGCGACCACGACCCGUACUGCUCAGCCUGCUGGGCCGAGGGUCACGCAACGAUGGCGCGCGACGAGCUGCGCGAGCAUCGCACGCGGCCCUUUGAGUCGCGCAAGGCUGCGAAGCGACGCGCUCGCGCACGCCGAAGAGACGACGGGCCACCGCCACCUGGACGGAGGGCGAUGGCGGCGUAAUGCAACGGCAUAGCGAUGCUCUGGAGAAGGGCGCACGACGGAAUGCCGCGCUGCCUGCGAUCACGCUCUCGCCUUGUGUAUCAAGUCUCUAUUGCCUGCGCUUUGCAGAGCGAAGGGCCUGCUCUGAGAGUUCAAUAGCUGACAGACUGCGGCCCGGAGAAGUCUCAGAGGCGGGCCGCUGGCACUGGCCA